UGUACCGCCUUUCUGCCAUUCGUAUCAAUCACCCUGCUGCUCUGUUGUUGCCGCUAGUACUACUGUCUAUCUGCGGGCGUUGCUGAUGGGGGCUUGCUAUUUUUCGGCCGGGCCCACUGGUCACCACUGCCUUGACCGGCUUCGAAUCUGACUCCAACAUGCCCGCUAGCCUCACGCCCAGCCUUGCGAACUUGCUCAUGCGACGCCAAUAGCUGGAUAGUAGACGACUGCAGGCAACCUGCGACGGUAUCUCGCUAGCCGCAUCAAAUCGUAGCUGCGGUAUCUUAUGUGGGGGCGGUUGCAGUGACGUGUGCCGCUGUGCUAGUUACACUUUAUUGAAUGGUCGCUCGGCGGGUCUGUUAGUCGGUUGAUGGCGGAUAGAGUUACGUGUACCUCUGUGUGAGUGGGCCCUGCCAUCGUGAUCCGUUUAUAGCCUACUCCGCCGGCAAGAUGGGCAACGUCUUCGCCAACCUGUUCAAGGGCCUUUUUGGCAAGAAGGAGAUGAGGAUUCUCAUGGUCGGGCUUGAUGCCGCUGGUAAAACGACUAUCUUAUACAAGUUAAAACUGGGCGAAAUUGUAACCACCAUUCCAACCAUAGGAUUCAACGUUGAGACUGUCGAGUACAAGAACAUCUCGUUUACCGUGUGGGACGUUGGUGGCCAGGACAAGAUUCGGCCAUUGUGGAGACACUAUUUUCAGAACACUCAAGGUCUCAUCUUCGUCGUGGAUUCAAAUGACAGAGAAAGAAUAGGUGAGGCAAAAGAAGAACUAAUGCGAAUGUUGGCCGAAGACGAACUCCGAGAUGCCGUCUUACUGAUUUUUGCCAACAAACAAGAUCUUCCCAACGCCAUGAAUGCAGCUGAGAUCACUGACAAGCUUGGUCUGCAUUCGCUGCGCAACCGGAAUUGGUAUAUUCAGGCGACGUGUGCCACUUCGGGAGACGGCCUUUACGAGGGCCUGGACUGGCUCUCGAACCAGCUCAAAAAUCAGAAGUGAGAGCGUUGUUAAGUGGCUUCAGGACGCCCCGCACCAAUCAACUAGCGAGAACGAGAGGACAAGAGAGAAUGGUAUCGAUCAUCAUUAUCAUGAUCAUCAUUAUCAACAACAAAACAGCAGCAGCAGCAACAACACUGAAAGACAACUCUAUAAUCUAUCCGAGGGAGAGAGAGCAGGAAAGGAAGAAAGAGAGCCAGAAAGAGAGAAAGAGAUAGAAAGUGAUGUAAGAGUGUGUGCAUCAUUCGCUUCCUCCCUCUACUAUAUAUAGAUACACAAUGGAAGUGAACGCAGAAAAGUGGUAGGAGUGGAGAAAAAGAAGUUCGGUGUUCAUCAGUACGGCGGCAGUGUAUUUGUGUAUCUGUUUGUACACACGAGAGUAACAGUAGUAGACAAUAACCAUUAACUAUCCAUUCGCUCUCCUUCCCUCGCCGCACCUAAUGAAGGCUUCUGUUUUUCUCCAGCCGAGCCGGCUGCGUCACGGUGACGUGAGGAAAAGUACAGAACUGGUUGAAAUGUAAGGACGACGAUUAUGGCGAUGAUGAUGGUAACGAUGAUGACGAUGAUGAUGACGAAAAUAUGAUUAUAACAUGAUGUGUAUAACAUUAUAAUGGGUUUAGAGCUGGUAGCCUUAGUUAGAGUAAUAAAACGUAGGGGAUGGUCAAGUAUAAAGAAUUAAGCAAUGGAGAAAGGUGGCGGGAAAAACUACGUUGGGCCGGGCGGAUACGAAAAAAAAUUAGGUAUAGUAAAAAUACGAUGGGCAAAGCAAAACGAGCGAAAGAAAAGUAGAGAGAAAGAAUGAAGGCACUGGAAGAAAAACCCAGGAAAACUAUAAAUAUAGGUAGAUAUGGAAUAGG